AUGUGUGCAAAUAAACAUGGGGCAAAUCAACCAAUUUUCACUCCAGCAUCUCCAACACUUCAAGAUCAGCCAUACGCCAAGCAGCUUCCUCAAGGAUUAUGGACGACUGGUCUUUGCGAUUGUUGCGAUGAUCCUUUUAUAUGUUUGCAGGCCUCCGUCUGUCCGUGCAUCACCUUUGGUCAGAAUUCGGAGAUUAUUAACAGAGGCACGACAACAUGUUUACGAUCAACUAUGAUACAUAUAGCGAUGGGAGUAGUUCUUUGUGGGUGGCUAUACGGAUGCGCAAACCGAUCAAGAUUGAGAGAACAUUUUGCUUUGCCAGAAGAACCAUGCCCAGAUUACUGCACUCAUAUCUUCUGCUUGCCUUGGGCCCUUUCUCAAGAGCAUCGAGAACUCAAAAACCGCGACGCUGAUCCUUCUUUGGGUUGGCAAGGCAACGUUGAGAAAUGGUCCAAGGAAAAAACCACUCCCCCAAUUGUUGUACCAGGCAUGACCCGUUAG